AUGAAUCUGACAAUUCUUUCAGCAUACUCCGAGAAAACGGGAGUAAUUGGCGCAAAUGGAAAACUACCAUGGCCAACUCUCAAAACAGACUUUCAAUUUAUGAAAUAUAUAACAACCAAAUCGCCAACUGGCAUAAUUAUGGGUAGAUCCACAUUUGAAUCAAUAGGAAGGCCCCUUCCCAACAGAACAACAAUUGUGCUUACAUCACAAAUGAAAAAUCCAAUAUUCGGUUCUAAUUAUAAAGUGUAUUUUAAGAGUUCAUUAGAUGCAGCAGUUUCUUUAUGCAAAGAACUAGAGCUAGAACCAAUUGUAUUUGGUGGCAACGCAGUAUACUAUGAAGCAAUUAAAAGAUACAAUUGCACGGUAUACUUAACAGAAAUAUACAAAGAAUACAGUGGAGACGCAUUCUUUCCUUUGGAUUUGAUAGAUAGAAGCGGUCUAAUUGAUAUAACAGAAGAGGUAAAGAAAGAGUUAAAACUGCAUACAGAAGAUAUUAAUAUUAAAAAAAUCCAAGAAAAAGAGAAGAAAGAGUGGGUUUACACAAGAACAGAUGGAAGCGUUAUUGACAUGAGAAAUACUGUUUGUGAGAAUAAUGUUUGCUAUUCUUUCUUGAAGGGAAGGAUUAUUCAAGAUACGCAGUGAAAAAUAAAACGCAUAAA